ACGGUCACAGUAAUACAGUGCAGGUUAUUACAGCGAGUCUCCAUCGUCAUCCUCACACCCUCCUUGUACUUUGGGAUGUCGCUCCGGAGAAUCCAGCCCCUGGACAGCCGGAGCUAUUUCCCCGCACCCUGGAUUGCUUUUUGAUUUCUGCAGCCCGUGUCGCUCGUUGGAUUCUUGCUUUGUGUCUUUUCGUUUGUUUGUGUAUAUAUGUAUGUAUGUAUGUAUGUGUCUGUCUGUUUGUCUUUUUUGGAGGGGGUAUUUUUAAUGGCUGAAAAGAGGUCCUAUGUCUGGAUGUUAAUAACAGUUUUGUACUCUUCCCCAUCACCAAAUGACUACGCGCGGCUCUCAAGGGAGACUCCGUUCUCCGCUUGUCCGCCUGUAUAAGAAAACAUACGGCUAAAGUUUAUAUGUAUGUAUUUUUCCAAUUUUGAAAGGGUUGACAGCGAUUAGCUGUGCCCUGGAUUUGCGAUUAUUUCAAUUUCGAAUCUCCUGCUCGGACGACUAACAGAGAACAAGUAGGCGACGUUUUUUUUCCCCACAAGCCAAAUAAGGGUGCCUUUAUUGGAUUAUUUCCCCCCAAAAUGAAGACCACGGUUGCGGAGGGAACCAAGCUCCUCUUGCUGGUGCUGUGCUUGCACUCAGUUCCGGGACUAGAGGCCUGCCCGGCAACCUGUAUAUGUUACAACGAGCCUCUUCCCACGGUAGCCUGCCAACGGCAGGGCCUGCCGGCCAUCCCCAGCGAGAUCUCCAGCCGGACGCAGCGGAUAUUCUUGCAGAGCAACCGGCUAACUGUGGUGAGGUCCACUAGCUUUAGCUUGUGCCGCAACCUCACCGUCCUGUUGCUGUACUCUAACAACAUCAGCUACAUCGAGGCAGGGGCCUUCUAUGGGCUGGAGAGGCUGGAAGAGCUGGACAUGGGGGACAACAACAACCUUCGAAUGAUUAGCCCAACUGCCUUCCGGGGGCUAUCCAGACUGCACACCUUGCACCUGCACAGGUGUGGACUGUCGGAGCUCCCGGUCGGUGUUUUCCGGGGGCUAUUUUCACUGCAGUACUUGUACCUCCAGGACAACAACUUGCUCUCCCUGCACGAUGACACUUACCUUGACUUGGCUAACCUGACCUACCUGUUCCUCCACAACAACAAAAUAAAGACAGUGUCGGACCGCAUGUUUCACGGGCUGGUCAACUUGGACCGCUUGCUGCUGCACCAGAACCGCGUGACCUUCGUGGAGCCCAGGGCCUUUCAUGACCUGGGUAAGCUGACCACUUUAUUCCUGUUCUACAACAACCUGACAGUACUCUCCGGGGAAACGAUGGAUUCUCUGGUUUCUCUACAGUACCUUCGAUUGAACGGGAACCAAUGGAUAUGUGACUGCAGGGCCCAAACCCUCUGGGAUUGGUUCAAACGAUUUAAAGGGUCCAGCUCAGAGUUGGAGUGUUACCUUCCUCCCAGGCUAGCUGGCAGGGAUCUGAAAAAAUUAAAAAGCAAUGACCUGGAGGGGUGUAUUGACAACUCUUCACAAGUCCAGAGCAGUAUUUUUAGUACCAAAACACAUUAUGGAAAAUUCCCUUCCACCGAGACCCCUCUGUGGGAAGUCACUCCUAGAUGCUGCCUCCCAGAUAGUGACAAGAUGUCGAUCAUCUCCAACAAGGGACACUUAGACCCCUCGUUGUAUAACAGUCGACAGAUUACCAACAAUCCCUUGAAGGAGAAGGAGAACAUAUCAAAGACAAAAUUCUUGGAUGUAGAUACCACCAAGAAUGGAACGCACAAUAAACAGAGUUUGAAUGAUGGUCCAGUUGGGAGCUUCUCUAACAAUGUAAACCAGCCUUUAGAGAAUCUAGAUCCAGAAAUAGAUGACAAUGUAGAACCUUCCACAGCCCCAUCCAGAAAGAAAAAAAAGUGCUCUAAAAAGCCAAAGUCAGAUUCUCAGUGUCUCAAAAGCAGUGGCCCUUCAAUGCAAGCCCUCGCAGUUAUCUUCUUGCCCGUUCUCUGGUUCGCCUGUGCCGUGUGCUAGGACACAAGAAUCACAGGGGGAUUGUUUCUGACUGUCUCACUGAUGACAAUGUCACAGAUUGUGAGGUGACCUCUAAAAGUGAAAGGUGGAGCACAGGGCCAGGAGGGUAGACAAAAAGAGAGAAUGAGAAAAAUAACGUUACAUUUACAAAUGGAUGCCUUUAUAUAACAUGUCAGAUCUGAUGUAUAUAUUGAAUUGGUGCCCAAAUCAUUUGUUGUAUGUACUGUAAUGUGUCUGACCUGCACUUCUGAGUCCCAUUACGUUCCCUUGCAAUGGUCACAUUGCGAAGGCGAUAACUCUACAGACCUCUGUUGACAAAUGCACUCAUGGUAACACAAGAAUGUUUGGCGGAGGGGGGGUUAUGGAGAAGCCCAGAAUUGAGGUGAUUCCCCUUCAUCCUCUCUUCUUUUGUUUGUUAUACUUGUUUGCUUUUCUUUUUUUUUUUUUAAUUAAUGCAUUUGUUUAAUGCUUUUUUUAUGUUUAUAAGUAUCAUAGUAAAGAAGAUGUGUAACCCCCCUGGACAUGAGUUAUGUUUUUCGUUGGACUGUGGUUACGGGUAGCAUUUCAUGAAGAACGCUGUCGAUUUGUUCACUGAGACUGCAAAUCAAGUAUAGAUAUGCAUUUUAUUUUACUUGUGUACAACUAUAAAUAUAUUAUAAAUAAAG